AUUAAAUCGACAAAUUGUUAAGGUUUUUUACUAUAUUCACUGUUCAUGUUUCAAGCAAAAAAAAUGUGGAUAAAUUUGCUGUCUAAUGAUAUAUAACACAACACAUGUCACCAUAACCAUUUUGAGUAAUAUGCGUUUGAAAACUCUUAAUAAAUCGUAACAUUUUUGUGGAGGCGAUCUGGCGUAGUGGUAACAUCCGUACCUCUCACGCUCAAGGUUACGAGUUCAAUUCUCACUCCCGACAUUCUUCCAAAAAUGGAAGUUUAACUUAAGUGACGAACCAGCCAAAUGUGUUGUCACUAUAAUACAGUAAAAAAAAGUUACAUUUUUCGUAUAGUGACCCCCUAUAUAGAAAUCAAAGACAUAGUCCUAUUUCAAAAUCUAGAUUACAGCAGAUCUCGACGUUUCAUGCGGUUUUCCAUACUUGCUUUGACAUAUCCCUCCAUUGUCCGACAGAGUGAGUGAACUGCUCAAAAGAACUAUUUCACUUAAGUGAACGGUUGGCCACUGAACGAUGCAUCAAAGUGAACCGUUUGCCGACCUCUACUUGUUGAUGAACGAACUGCACAGAGGGCACAUUCUCUGCGCUCGAUGCAUGCACCGAUGUUUUUCCCAGGGGUUAGACAUCAAUUGAAUAUAGGCUACCCUAAAUCAAAAUCAAUAUGGCGUCAUUUGUUUAUCAACAUAUCAUUUACGAGGAUUGAAAUAGAAAAAUGCGCUGCUUUAUUCUAACUGCAUGAGCGAUUUUCAUAUUUCGGUUUCACAUGGAGGUGUUCACAUUUAACAUGGAGUUUAAAGUUAGCCACUAUUCAACUAUAUAACCGGACCGAGUUGUAAACAACAGUAAUUGAUUGAACCAAAAUGUCAGUAAACCGCAGCAAUAUUGGGUACACUGGCAAUAUGAGGGAUUUGACGUUUUAGUCGUACCCCUGGUUUUUCCGGAGCGGUCGAAUCGGGCGCGAUCAAGUGAACAUUCACUGUCAUGCAUAUCAGCAGAAAAUCAAACAACAAACCCAACUGCCCAUAUUAUAUUUUCUAUAGAGUGCAGAUGAAUGUGAGAACUAAGAUCUUCUGCGAAUCGACCAAUCAGAACGCGGGAUUUCCGUUUAGCCCAGAAUACGAGUCUGUGUUGAAAUUCUACGGUUAUGACUUGGAAAAUAUUCCCGAGAUGAAAAUGCAAACUACAACCCUUGGGCCAUCCUCAUCCGAGUCAACGGAAACAUCCACCAUUACAAUAGACUAUGAAAUGACAUCUGUCGAGGAGGAGCAAUUUACUACCGAAUCGAUCUCAACCAUGCCGGACUGGACUAUGAGAUCAUCGGAACAAGAGGAUUAUGAAACCACUACCACAGAGCCCGAACAGCAAUCUGCAGAAAACGAUACAACAUCGAUCAUCGAUGAAGUUGAACAGACAGAAACAACAACCACAGAGGGAGAAGUCUCGGCGACAACACCUGAGGAGCAAACGGUAGCCACUACGGAAGAGCCGGCCGAGGGCGGCGAAAAACGUCGACGGAACCUUAGAAAACGAGGUCAGAAGCAAAACCAACCUCAACGGCGUCAAUCACAGGCGCUCCAGCGCCGACGCAUCCUGCGUACUAAGCGAAACCCGGAGGAAAUCGACAUAGUUUCCCAUCAGCGCUUUCUGCAGAGCUUCUUACUCCAUGACGCAACAACGUCCUCUCCGUUCGUCACCUUUCCGCCUUUUCCAGAACGCUCAAACCAGUUUCAACAGGACCGUCUACUCGACGAUACAAUCGAGCACAAUUUCUACCUGAGCGAGGUUGAAACGAUUAAGGUACCAUAUAAAAUCUACAACACUAUCCUCAAGUAUGCCUACAUUGAUCGAUUGCAAACGACAAUACUAGAACUGGAACUCGACUCUGAGGAUUACAAGCUUGUCAUUCUACUUCCGGAUUACGAGUUCGGAUUGCUCAAUCUCAUGAAGCUGCUCCAGACCGAAGAAAAUGUUCCAAAUAUGCGGGAUAUCUUGAAGCAAAUGGUUCCUUCAUGGGUGAAAACCAUUGUGCCUAAGUUUAUGCUGAAAGGGAAUAUUAUUCUUACCAGUGAUCUUCAGAGUAUGGGCAUCAACGACAUUUUUGAACCGACGCGUGCCGAUUUUACGCCAAUGACGAACGACCCGCUGAUCUAUGCAAAACACAUCGAACAGUCGAUCAAUAUCAACAUUCGAACACAAUCACUGCAACAACUGAAAAGGUUCACAUCAUUAUAUAAAAACCCAAUCGAGCUGGCUAUCAAUUACCCGUUCCUUUUCUGCAUCAUGGACAAAGAAAUGGAUUUAGCACUCGUCACCGGCCGGAUACUCAAUCCACUAAACUCGAGAAUCCAUUGAAUAGUAGUGAUUAAGGUCAUAUAUUUCACAUAAUAAAAAUCAAUAACAAACUCACGAGCAGUUUUCACUACCGAGCUCACGUGAAACUAA